AUGAAGACACUUUGUUACGGCCACCGAGGUGUUGGCUGUAGCAUAGCCCAUACUCUCUCAGAGUACCCCGAGAACACUCUGACAUCAAUCGACAAGGCAGUCGAGUAUGGAGCUGAUGGAAUAGAAUUCGACGUCUUUCUCUCAGAAAAUGGCGAUAUUGUCCUGUGCCAUGGAGGAGACCCGAAUGGCAGAAUCAACUACAACUACCUGCGGCUGGUAGACGAGAAGACAGAGGUCAUUCCUGACGAGGUAACCUGUCAGAAUUUUACCAUUCCCCUCGAGGAACUCGUGGUCAAAAUGCCGUGGAUUAAAGGUCGCAAUGCUGAUGAAGUAAAGAGGACGUUUCCUGGGCUAACAAAGGAACAGAGGGAGAGGAUAACUGCGGACUAUGUGAGCGACAAUACCCCGUGGAAAAUGGAAGACGGGAGUCUGGAACACAUGCCAAAACUUGAGCAUGUACUCGAUAGGUAUGGAGAAAAACUCAAAUACAACAUUGAGCUCAAGGGAACAAAGCCGGAGCUGGGUCUAAAGGUCCUGAAAAUACUCGAGAGAUAUCCCAACCUCGACGUUAUGAUCUCGUCCUUCACAUGGAUUCCACCAGAGCUCAACCAAGACUCUCCAUACUACGACCAUGAACUAGAACAAUGGCCAAAUGGAAGGAUGGAAGCGGAUCUUCUGAGACCUCUAGUCGAUAAACUCCCCGCAAAUGUCUCUCUGGGAAUCCUGUUCAACUAUGAAAAAACAGCACUCUGUAGCAUACCAAGAAUGAUUGAAAUCGCUAAAAGCUACAAGGCAAAAUUUGUAAACGUGGUAUACGAUUUCUGCUCCAGGGGAAAUGGAAUUCUAGGUAGUCGACCAAAAGCCGGAAAGGGUGCCCUCAAACACCUUGUAGAUGAACUUCACAAGGAAGGAAUAUCCCUCUUCACAUAUUGGUGCCAAAGGCCAGACUAUUCACAAGACUAUCAAACGCACAUUGAUGUUGGAGUAGAUAUCAUCUGUCCAAAUGAUGUCAAAGCCGCAACCAAACUCACAAAAUAA